GUUUGGGAAGGUAGAGGGAGCAGAAUUAGGCAGAAUUUCAGCUUUGGAAGUUCGGCUUAGUUCGGCCGAAUCAAUGCUAAUCACAUCACGGGGUUGCGCAGGGACUUCAAUUUGAACAAUCGAUUCAACGAUUCAAAUCGCCGUGGCCGGAUGGUCUCUCAUCUGCUGUUGCUUCUCAGGAAUUCUCCUUCGUGCGACUGUCGAAUGCCCGAGCGCAGAAACCGCCGCAAUAUCAUCUAUCUGAACAGCUGACCAGCUCUUGAACUAGUACAAGCUUUGCCUUUUCCCCCUCUCACCGUCAGGUAAAAGACAAAUAUUCUGAGCGCUCUAUGUACUACGACUGUAUAGUUGUGGGAUCCGGUAAUGCAGGGAGCUGUGCUGCUCUAUCAGCAAAGGAGAACGGCUGCCAAAAAGUACUACUUGUGGAUAAAUGCUCACCAGACUGGGUCGGAGGCAAUGGCUACUUCACUGCCGGUGCCUUCCGAACCGUCCAUAAUGGCUUAGAUGAUCUGUUGCCCAUCGUUCAGAAUGUUACACCGGAACAAGCUAAGCAUAUCGAUCUGAAUCCAUACAGUCAUAAAGACUUCAUCGAGGACAUAAUGCGGCUUGGCGGAAGACGGUCCGAUCCAGGUUUAGCUGCCUCAGUGGUGAACAACUCCCGCGAUACUGUAGAUUGGCUCGCUGGACAUCAGGUCCCAUUUAUUCUUUCUUUUAACCGCCAGGCAUACGAAGUCGAUGGGAGACAAAAAUUCUGGGGAGGAUUGGUUCUCAGUGUCUCUGACGGGGGCAAAGGUCUGAUUGCUGCUGAACAUAAGGCGCUCGGAAAAGCCGGAGUCGAGAUUUGGUUUGACUGUCCAUUGGUGAACCUUUUGAUGCGGGAUAACGCUGUCUCCGGAGUAGUAGUGCGAAAGGAUGGGUCUGAAUUGACAAUUGAGUCCCGCGCAGUAAUUUUGGCAGCCGGGGGUUUUGAAGCAAGCUCAGAGUUGAGAAUUGCUCAUUUGGGCGUGGGCUGGGAAAAAGCAAAGGUCCGAGGCACCCCUUUCAACACAGGGGAUUGCUUCGCCAUCGCUCAGGGCGUAGGGGCAAAAUUAGUCGGGGACUGGGCCUCAUGCCAUAGUACAACCUGGGACUUUAAUGCACCUGAAAUUGGUGCGAGAGAUCUCACGAACCAAUUCACAAAAUCAGGCUAUCCAUUAGGCGUCAUGGUAAAUGGUAAUGGCGAACGAUUUGUCGACGAGGGCGAAGAUUACAGAAACUACACGUAUGCCCGUUUUGGGAAAGCAAUACUUUCGCAGCCUGGAGGUUUUGCUUUUCAAGUCUGGGAUUCGAAGAUGCUCGAUAUUCUACGGAAGGAAGAAUACGGAGAUGGAGUCGUCGAGAAAGUAUACGCUGACACCAUUGAAGAUCUAGCACGCAAACUUGCUGAAGUCGGGUUGACGGACCAAGUGAAGUUUAUUGAAACUUUUCAAGUGUACAACGCGGCUGUUACACAGCAUAAACUAGAAAAUCCUGAUUGGCACUGGGAUCCUGCCGUCAAAGACGGGCUGUCUACACAGUCUUCCCAUUUGUCGCUUUCUCCACCCAAGUCACACUGGGCAGAAUCUAUUGACAAGCCUCCGUUCAUGGCUGUCAAGGUUUGCUGUGGAAUAACAUUUACCUUCGGUGGUCUAGCUAUUGAUCCUGAAUCAGCGUCAGUUCUAUCUGAGUCAGGACCUAUACCCGGAUUGUUCUGUGCUGGCGAGAUGGUUGGUGGUCUGUUCUAUAAAAACUAUCCGGGAGGGAGUGGGCUAUCUGCUGGCGCCGUGUUCGGGAGAAAGGCAGGAGCUUCCGCGUCCAGAUGUAAGAGGAUCAUGUAACAUUUAAGCCUCUAAACUCUAAGGGUCCAACCCUCUCGGACGCAAGGUGUAUCUACUGUAUCAUACGUGCCAUUUUUGAAUCGAUAACGAACGAUGAAAACUUUUUGUACUAGUUCUAGUUCAUGGUUGCUCGGAUCCCCUCUU